GGGACUGGAGUGUUUACUUUUGCAGAGGGCACGAUAUCUAUUAACAGAAUCGAAGGAGAUGGGUUGUCAACCAUCUAUGGAAUUCAAAUCAGUGCAUUUUGCCGCACAGCACAGACAACUGAUACAGAGGCUACCAACGAUGGACCUGAUUACAGUCUCACUUUGUACAUGCACCAAACCGUCGAGGGACCCAACCAUAACCAAGUAAAUAUAGCAGAUCCAAAGCAGCCUCAAAUGUUUGGUUACACUAAUGUUCAUGAUUACCCGAUAUAUGAUGGUCUUGGCACCAGCGCAAAGAUUGUUGCUCGUGCACAAGGUCUACAUACUGAGACAAAUAUGAACGACGAUGACUGGUUCCACUGGAGCAGCAUAGUGUUUAGCGAUGAAAGAUUCCAGGGAUCCAGUUUCAAGGCAAUAGGAAAUCAGAAUAAGGUCGAAGGCAACUGGGCUAUUGUUGGUGGAACUGGAGUGUUUACUUUUGCACGGGGUAAUAUUUCCAUCCAAAGAAUACACGGCGAUUGGUGCUCAAACAUCAAGGAGAUUCAUAUCAGUGCAUUUUGCUGCACGCCACAGAACAUUCCAACUGAUACGAAGCUUUCCAGGGGUAAUGCUAUAGGUCCUGUCACCACACAGUCCCUUGAGUAUAAUCAGAACUUGUACAUGCACCAGACCAUCGAUGGACCAAACCACAACCAAGUAAAUAUAGCUGAUCCAAAGCAGCCUCUGUUGUUUGGUUACACCAAUGUUCAUGACUACCCCAUAUAUGAUGGUCUUGGCCCUAGUGCAAAGAUUGUUGCACGUGCACAAGGCCUGCAUUCAGAGACUUGUAUGGACGAGGAUGACUGGUUCCACUGGAGCAGCAUAGUUUUUACCGAUAAAAGGUUCAAGGGGUCUAGUUUUAAGGCAAUAGGAAAUCAAAAUAAGGAUCAAGGUGAAUGGGCUAUUGUCGGAGGAAUUGGUGUGUUUACUUUUGCACGGGGCACUAUCUCCAUAUAUAGAAUCCAAGGAGAUUGGUUCUCAAACAUCAAGGAAAUUCGAAUCAGUGCAUUUUGCCCCAAAAUAGUGCAGCGGUAUUACUGAGAAAAGGGGAUAUACACUAUGUCUGCAUAUAUAGAAUCCAAGGAGAUUGGUUCUCAAACAUCAAUAAAAUUUGAAUCAGUGCAUUUGCCCCAAAAUAGAGCAGCGGUAUUACUGAGAAAAGGGGAUAUACACUGUGUCUGAAUACAUAGUAAAAACAAUGUAUUUAGAAAAGUCAAAACGUCUUAUAAUUUGGAAUGGAUGGAGUAUAUUUCACUAA